AUGAGUAGAAGAAACUCUACCACUGUGCCUGGCUUCAUCCUCAUGGGGCUGACGGACUCUGCAGAGACACAGCUUGUCUUCUCCGUGCUCUUCCUCCUGAUUUACCUGAUCACAGUGCUGGGGAACUUGGGGAUGAUAUUGGUCAUUCACCGGGAUCCCCAGCUGCACACCCCCAUGUACUUUUUUCUCACUCACCUGUCAUUUCUCGACCUCAGCUACUCAACUGUCAUCACCCCUAAAACCUUACAGAACUUACUAACUUCCACCAACAGCAUCUCCUUCCUGGGCUGUGUCACUCAGAUGUUCUUUUUCAUCCUCUUGGCUGGUACUGAAUGCUAUCUUCUCUCCUCCAUGGCCUAUGACCGCUAUGUAGCUAUCUGCAGCCCCCUGCGGUAUCCAGUCAUUAUGUCCACCAGACUAUGCCAUACUCUACUCAAUGGUUCCUAUAUAAUUUGUUUCAUGGAAUCCACUACGGUUUCAAUUUUUAUAAGCAGACUGGAUUUCUGCAAAUCUAAUGUUAUCCAGCACUUUUUCUGUGACAUACCCCCAAUUUUAGCCCUGUCCUGCAGUAUCACCUAUGAGGGUGAAAGAAUUGUAUAUAUUUGUGCUGGAUCCAAUUUAGUGUUGUCCCUCAUCACCAUAUCUGGAUCCUAUCUGUCCAUGCUCUCCACCAUCCUGAAAAUUAAUUCCACUGCUGGAAAGAGAAAAGCCUUCUCCACCUGUGCCUCCCAUCUCCUGGGAGUCACCAUCUUCUACAGUAGUACGAUCUUUACUUACCUAAAACCGAAGACGUCCUACUCCUUGGGAAGGGAUCAGGUGGCUUCUGUGUUUUACACCAUAGUGAUCCCCAUGCUGAACCCUCUCAUUUAUGGUCUCAGAAACAAAGAUGUGAAGAAUGCUCUUGUUAGAAUCAUGAAGAAGAAAGAGUGUUGCGGGCAGUUUAUAUCACAGUGGUGCUAA